CGCCGGGCGGUGCCACCCUGAGAGUGGAGAAGAGACGCCGCUUUGUUGACGGUGAAAAUUGUGAAAAAACAGCCAAAGAGGUGGUGGAAAGUGUGUGAAAAUGAGCAAGAGGCGGAGGACGAGCUCCGUGGCGAGUCGUCAGGAUGACGAUACGGACGACACGUUCUCGGAAACCUCGCCAAUUGCGGCUUUUAUCGGGAGGAAGAAGAAGAAGUGGGAUCCCACGGAACUGUGCCAGGUGUUGUACGAUGCCAUCAGGAAUCACAAGAAGGAGGAUGGAAGCAUGCUGUGCGACACGUUCAUCCGGGCGCCGAAGCGUCGUCAGGAGCCGUCAUACUAUGAAGUGGUGGCGAAUCCCAUUGACUUGCUGCGCGUGCAGCAGAAGCUGAAGACGGACUCCUAUGAGGACAUCGAGGAGUUGACGAGUGAUCUGGAGUUGCUGGUGAACAAUGCCAAAGCGUUCUACAAGCCCGAGAGCACAGAGUAUCAGGACGCGUGUCUGCUGUGGGAUAGUUUCCUGCUGAACAAGCAGAAGCUGCUGGAGGCGAUGCAGGAUGACACGAUGGAGCCGAAGCGUGCUUCUCGGCCCCGGAAGCCAAGGAAUCUCUCCACAAAUGAUCCAGACGACGCCUCUGAGGGCAGCAAAGAUGACGACUUCGACACUUAUGAGGAACUCUUUGCGUCUGUCGUGACGGCGACGGAUCCGCUGGACGCCAGGCCGCUGUACACGGAGUUCCAACUGCUGCCGUCGAAGAAGCUCUAUCCGGACUAUUAUGACGUGAUUGAGCAUCCGAUUGACCUGAAGUUCAUCGCGACGAAAAUCCAGACGAGCGCUUACACGAAUCUCAACGAGAUGGAGAAGGAUCUGCUGCAGAUGAUCAAGAAUGCGUGCACUUUCAACGAGCCUGGGAGUCAGAUUUACAAGGAUGCGAAGACACUGAAGAAGAUCUUCAUGUCGCGCAAGGCGGAAAUUGAGGGUGGAAAGUUCAAGCCGACGCGUCCGAAGCGGCGUGGACACAGUCUGAGCGCCGUGACGGCGGCUCUGAAGGAAGAGCCGGAGAGUUCAGAUGACGAUUUGGAUGAUAAUAUCGACACUGAAGGCGAUGGACCGAUGUGGCAACUCUUUGAUCAGCUCUACAACACAGCAAAUGCUUCUGAUCAUCCUAAUGCCUCAGGCGCACCACUUGGUGAGUCUCUGUGGAAAUUGCCCAAUCGACGCUUCCACCAGGAUUACUACAACACGAUCAAGAAGCCCAUCUCGAUGGCACAGGUGCGGAAUAAACUGAAGAAGGGCGCGUAUUCCAACAUCACGGACAUGACGGCGGAUCUGUACUUGAUGCUGGACAAUGCCAAGAAGGCGUAUCCGAGCACUCACAAGGUGCACAAGGAUGCGGUGAAGAUGCAGAAGAUUCUCAAUCAGAAGCUCAUCGACACGGGCGUGGGUCAGGAUGAGAGUGACACGGAGGACGGUGAUGUUUCCAUGCCGUCCACGAGUUCUGUGUCGCCGUCAGCGGCGACGCCGGUGGUGAAGAAGAAGGGAAGGCCGAGAAAUAGUGCCACUGUGACAUCACCGCCGGCGGCUGUGAAUCUGCCGAGUGCGGCGCAAGUGCAGAGCGGCGGCGGCAGUCAGAUUAUCAUGACGAAGGGUCGCUUUCCCAACAACCCGGUGCUGAAGAAGAAGCUGCUCGGGCUGCAGAAGUUCCUCACGGAUUAUGUGGUGGCGGGCAGGCGACCGAUGGCGCUCUUCAUGGAGAAGCCGUCGAAGAAGCUCUACCCGGACUACUACGAAGUCAUCCAGCAUCCCAUCGACAUGAACACCAUCGAGAUGAACAUCAAGGCGGACAGAUAUGGGACGCUGGACGAUGUCGUCGGCGACUAUCGGCUCAUGUUCUCCAACUGCAGGAAGUACAAUGAGGAGGGAUCACAGAUCUAUGAGGAUGCCAAUAUUCUGGAGCGUGCGCUGAAUGAGAAACUGAAGGAAUUCUCAGGAAUACCCGACAGAAGGCUGACGCCGAAGAUAAUAAAAUCCGGAGGACGAAAGGUCAUAACGCCGCUGGACAACAAGCUGAAGCUCUUCUACGAUGCCAUCAGAGAGUAUCGUGAGAGCAAGGCGAAUCGUCUGCUUUCUGCUGUCUUCAUGAAGCUGCCAUCAAAGAGCGAUUAUCCUGACUAUUAUGACAUCAUAAAGAAUCCAAUUGAUAUGGAGAAAAUAGCCAACAAGAUGAAGCAUCAAGUUUACGAUAGUGUGGAUGAAAUGGGAUCGGAUUUUAUGUUGAUGUUCGAGAAUGCGUGCAAGUACAAUGAGCCAGAUUCGCAGAUAUACAAAGAUGCUCUUGUGCUGCAGCAGAUUUGUCUGCAAACCAAGCAAUCUCUAAAUCGCGAUGGGAGUGAUGAGACGGUUCCUGAUGUUCCUCAGGCUGUUCAGGAGUUGCUAAUGUGUCUCUUCACGUUCUUCUACAAUCACCAGGAUGAGGAGGGACGAUGCUUCUCGGAUUCUCUGGCUGAAUUGCCUGAGUAUGAUGAUGUGGAUGGGAACAAAGUGCGCGCGAUAUCGCUGGAUUUGAUCAAGAGGCGCCUGGACAAGGGACUGUACAGACGCUUGGACAUCUUCCAGGAGGAUGUCUUCUCCUGUCUCGAUCGCGCUCGUCGUCUGUCGCGCACGGACUCGCAAGUGUUUGAGGACUCAAUUGAGUUGCAGUCGUUCUUCAUCAAGAAGCGCGAUGAGAUAUGCAAGAAUGGCGAAGUGUUGAGUUCGCCAGCGCUCAGCUACUCUGCAAUGCACUUGAGUGCUGCCGUUGAGGCUGUGCGACAGUCGAAAUUGCUGCAGGAGGAGCAGGAGCACGAGAAUGACACGGAGACGGCAUCAAUCAAUGGGGAGAGCAUGAUGAUUGACCAGAAAGUCUAUUCGCCAGGGGAUUUUGUCUACUACGAUUCGCCGGACAACAAAGUUCCCGGCGUGGUUUACAUCGAGAGAUUGUGGACAAAUAGUGAGAAUGUGAAGAUGAUGUAUGGGAAUCUCUUUCUGCGACCACACGAGACGUAUCACGUGACGACGAGGAAGUUUCUGGAGCAGGAGUUGUUCAAGAGUGAUCAACAUCAGGCGAUUCCGCUGAGUCAGUUGGCCAAUAAGUGUUUCGUGAUGUGCAUCAAGGACUAUAUUAAGUAUCGUCCGGAGGGAUUUGCCGACAAGGAUGUUUAUGUGUGUGAAUCGCGAUAUAAUUCCCGUGCGCGAUCAUUCAAGAAGAUCAAGAAUUGGCCCUUUGUGCGCACCAAUGAUCCGGUGAAGCUGUUGCAGCGUGACACGCCGAUUGAGCUGAAGCGCAUCAUGUCAGUGUUCAAGGAGCGCGUGGAGAAGCACAAGGGUGAGCUGGCGGAGUUGCAGCUGCAGGAGGCGCUGGUGGAGAAGGAGAAGCCAAAUGUGGUGAUCUUCUCGAAUGUGCCGGACGAGGGGAAUGUCCACUACGAGCAGUACAACACGAUUUGCAGUGGAGUGGUGAAAAUAGGAGACUAUGUUUACGUCGCGACUGAGGGUGGAAAGCAGGCGAUAGCGCAGAUCACGUCCAUUUGGGAGACGAAGGAUGGCAAGUCGUUCUUCCGCGGACCGUGGCUGUUGACGCCCCCUGAGGUGCCGUGCGCGGGAAAUAGACUGUUCUACAGGCAGGAAGUGAUGCUGUCGACACUGCAGGAGAGCAGCCCGCUGAUUGCGAUUGUGGGGCGGUGUUCGGUGUUGGAUUAUGUGGAGUACACGACGUGUCGGCCGACGGAGAUUUCGGAGAGUGAUGUGUACAUUUGCGAGUCGAUCUAUGAUGAGAUCAAGAAGCAGAUCAGACGACUGCAGGGCACGGGCUUGAGGAAGUUCAGUCACAGUCAAAUGGUGACACCGGAUGAGAUCUAUCACUUCAAGACGCCCGUGACGCCGCUGCGCGUGAGUGCGUCGGAGAUUGCGGCGCUGCAGGAGCAGCUGAAGCAGUCGACGAAUGCAUCGGAGAUGGACGUGAAGACUGAGGGUGGCGAUUUGCUGGGCAUGAUGGAUGACUCCAUGGACGGUGGUCCGCCGUCUGUGGGUUCGGACUUUAUUGCCACGGCGUCGCCGGCAUCGUCGAUGCAUCUGUCCACGCCGAUUUCCACGAAGAAGGGCAAGGGUGGGAAGAAGGUGGUGACUGGCUAUAUUCUCUACUCGAGUGAGGUGCGCAAGAGCAUCAGUGCCAAUAAUCCCGAUGCCACGUUCGGUGAUAUUUCCCGGAUUGUUGGCAAUGAGUGGCGCUCGCUGGCGUCGUCGGAGAAGCAGGCGUGGGAGGAGAAGGCCGCCAGGUGUAAUGAGGAGAAUGCAGCGAAGAUUGCCGAGGAGUCGGGCUGUCCCAGUCCGGCGCCCACCUUUGCGCACGAUCCCAUUCCCAACCAAGUCUUCGAGUGCUGCUGGGACAAGUGCGACUGGCAGUUUGAGGAUCCGGCGGAUUGCUUCGAGCACAGCAUCGCCGACGGCACAGGACACGUGCAGACGCACUGCGCCAGCAUGCCCAACAACGAGGUGGAGUACAACUGCCUGUGGCGCGGCUGCAUCCGGCUGAAGAAGCAGGCGCCGGCGUUCCCGCACCUGCAGCGCCUCGUGAAGCACGUGCGCGAGGUGCACAUCAACAAGGCGAGUGGCCGCAUUGUGCAGCCGGCGGAUCGCAGCAAGAACUUUGUCGCGAUGAAAACGAGCGGAAAUGCAAAUAUCAGUGUUCAAAUACCUGCGCAAGGUAUUCAAAAUAUGACUUCGCUGGAGACAUCGCCGAUUGAGAGUCAAGAAACUUUAUGCCGUCCAAGAAAACAAUUACCGCCACACAAUCUCCAAUUCAACCAAUUGUCCAAACCACCCAAUCUUUACCCAUUCAACAAAGUCCUCCUAUUCAGCAGAUUGUCACGACGCCUCCGGUGGAGCCGCUUUUCGUCACGGUGCCGCCGCGUCCGCAGCGCGUUCUGCACUCGGAGGUGUACAUCAAGUACAUUGAGGGACUGCAGACGGACUCCAGGUUCAUCAGUCCGUGGGAGAAGACGCUCAAAGCGAGUCAGGAGACUGUGCCGGCCGUGGAGGCGAGUCGCCUGCCCACGCAUUGGCUGGACACGCGCGGCAAGGAGCAGCCCGAGGAGAUUGUGAAGGCGCUGUGGAGUUUGAGGAACUACAUGAUGAAGGACAUCGUGCAGAUCAAGAGGAAUUGUCUGGAGUGAAGCAUUUAUUCAUGGCUCUAUGGAAUUAAAAAAGAACGGUAAUGUGUGAAA